GCGCCGAGUGUCAGUCACUCCUACACUGGCCCCGCCCAGCGCCUCUAGCCGGGCUCGUUACAAUGUCUCAGUAGAUGCGCUGCCAGCGGCGGAAACGGACACGGGAAAUUGUAGCGAGAGCCGAGGCGCAGCGAUAUCGGAAGCUGAAACCCUCCCUUCUCCGGGGAUGUGGCCCCGAGUGAUGGGGGAAGCUGAGCUGCUCCCCCGGGAACCUUAAUCUUCUCUCCGGCUGACGCCCCCACCGCCUGCAGGGACCAUGUCCGCCAAGGAGAACCCGUGUAAGAAGUUCCAGGCGAAUAUCUUCAAUAAGAGCAAAUGUCAGAACUGCUUCAAACCCCGCGAGUCCCACCUCCUGUCCGACGAGGAUCUCAACCAGGCGAAGCCCAUUUAUGGAGGAUGGCUGCUGCUGGCUCCAGAGGGGACAGACUUUGACAAUCCAAUGCACAGAUCCCGGAAAUGGCAGCGAAGGUUCUUCAUCCUGUACGAACAUGGGCUGCUGAGAUACGCACUGGAUGAGAUGCCCACCACGCUCCCCCAGGGAACAAUAAACAUGAACCAGUGCACCGAUGUCAUCGAUGGGGAGAACCGCACGGGGCAGAAGUUCUCGCUUUGCAUCCUCACACCAGAGGAACAUUUUAUCCGGGCCGAGAACAAAGAAAUUAUCAAUGGUUGGCUUGAGAUGCUCAUUGUUUAUCCAAAGACCAACAAGCAAAAUCAGAAGAAGAAGAGGAAAGUGGAGCCUCCCACCCCACAGGAACCCGGACCAGCCAAGAUGGCAGUGACCAGCAGCGGAAUCCCUGGAGCAGAGAAGGUUCCUGCCACCAAAUCGACUCUGUGGCAGGAGGAAAUGAAAAGCAAAGAGGAUCAGGAAAACCACACUAGUCCCCUCCAGAGUCCGGUGCAGAUGCCAUCUUCUCCUACUGAGACCAUGGUAGAUGGUAAAACAGAUGGAGGUCUUGUGAAUGGUGAUCGCACAGACGGCGGCCGUAAGACUCGUGUGGAAAGCGGAUAUUUUUCUCUGGAGAAGAUGAAAGACUUGAAGACUGAGGAACAGCCUCCACAAACACCGCCUUCACCCUCCACGCCCGAUGCUCCCAGCAGGUACAGUGACUACAAUUCACACAGCCCGGAACUGGACCCAUUUUCUCCCCCAGGUACUUUGUCAACUCCUCAGCUCAAACAAAGUAAGGAUGUGGGAGAGCACAACGGGCAUAGCCCUUUCUCCAUUGCCAACCGGCAAUAUGCCAUCCUGGCAGAUGUGCCUCGUGCCCGGAGGAUCAGUCACAGGGACGCAUUCCAGGUUGAGAGGAAGAGGCUAGAGCAACAGAAUCGGGCAAGGAGCCCUGGGAGAGAGGAAGUCGCACGCAUGUUUGGCCAGCAGAGAAGGAAAUCUCUGGUUAUUGAGAAGUUUGAAGCUCUGGACAUUGAGAAAGCAGAGCAGAUGGAGACCAGCAGUUCCACCAAGCCAACCAGUGAGGCCCGGCAGGGACGCAGCGAAAAGCGCACCUUCCCCAGGAAGCGGGAUGAGUCUGGGGUCAGUUCCAUCUCUGACGUUUCAGCCUCGCCGAUGUCCCCGUAUCGCAGAGCAAAAUCAUUGGACCGCAGAUCUUCGGAGUCCUCCAUGACGCCUGACCUGCUGAAUUUCAAGAAGGGCUGGCUGACCAAACAGUGUCAGGAUGGACAGUGGAAAAAGCACUGGUUUGUGCUGACAGAUCAGACUCUAAGGUUUUACAGGGAUUCUGUGGCGGAGGAGGCUGCUGACUUGGACGGAGAGAUCGAUCUGUCAACUUGCUACGAUGUUACGGAAUACCCAGUCCAGAGAAACUAUGGCUUCCAGAUCCAUACUAAAGAAGGGGAAUUCACAUUAUCUGCCAUGACCUCUGGCAUCCGGCGGAAUUGGAUUCAGACCAUCUUGAAGCACGUGCGCCCCAAUACAGCUCCUGACGUCACGAGCUCUUUGCCAGAGGAGAAGAGUAAAAACUCAUCCUCGUUUAGCCCCCCGCAAAGUGAAAAGCCAGAAUCCGAGCGUUCAGAAGUAGACGUGGAGCAGAAGAGGAGCCGGGCACGGGAACGUAGGAGGGAAGGCCGUUCUAAAACAUUUGACUGGGCUGAGUUUCGUCCCAUCCAGCAGGCAAUGGCUCAAGAAAGAGCAGAAGCCUUGAAGUCCCUAUCUUGUUAUGACACCACAGACUCCAGGAAUGAUCUUGAGGAAUUAGAGAGGGAAAGGGCCCGUCGGAGGGAGGAACGCAGGAAGAGGUUUGAGAGCUCAGACUCCGUGGAGGAGCAAGCUGUGGAAGAUGCUUCCCGCAUGGAUGUCGACAGAGGCCCUGUGCUGUCUGAAAACAUGGACGUUAGGCCAAAUGUUCAGGUUGAGAUUGAGCAAAGAUGGCAGCAGGUAGAGACCACUCCACUGAGGGAAGAGAAGCAGAUCCCUAUAUCUCCUCUCCCUCCUUCCAGCCCUCCUCUAACGCACCCCUCGGAAGAUAUCACCACCCUUCUGCAAAAACAGCUGGAGCAGAGUCAGAAGGAGGUGACUGAUCUCCUGGAGGAAAAGCUUGCUUUGCAGCAGCGACUGAAAGAAGCAUUUGAACAACAGCUUAAUGCAAGAGAUGGAUAUGUCUUACAGAACGAAUUGGCCUAUCACACUCCAGAUGCAUGCCAGAGGCUUCAUAAAGUGAAUGAGGAUCUUCAAAACGAACUGGAGUCCCAAUGCAAACGUCAGGAACUGCUAAGUCAACAAAUUCAGGCUAUCAAACACAGCUAUGGAGAAGCCAACGACUCCAUCAGACACCAAGACUCUGAGAUUUUAAGCCUUCAAGCGCUUCUCAAUCGCUCAUAUGCGGAGCUCAUGAUAAAGGAGCAAGCUCUUGAAAAACUAAAGGGGGACUUGAAGAUGGAGAAGGACAAAGCUAAGGAACUGCUUGAAGAAUGGCAAGUAAAUGAAGCUACGCUGACCACCCAGCUAAUGGCUAGCCAACAAAAGUUGAAAGAAGCAGAGUCUAUGCUUUUAGAAAAGAGCCAGCAGCUGCGGGAAUUGGAGAUGCAGCAAGCUCUGCAGAGAGACCAUCAAAAGGAGAUGCAGAAGUUGCAGGAGAAGCUUACCAACACGAGGAGUCGGCUAGAUGCCAGUGAGCAAGCUGGGAUCCUGACGGAGACAAGACUGAAGAUGAAUUAUAAAGACCUACUUGGAAGCUCUGAGAAGGAAAAGCUAUUUUUAUUGCAUAACCUGAAAGAAGCGGAGGAUAUAUUGCAAGAGUAUGAAGAUAAGCUACAAGGGAAUGAUCAACUGAUGGAAAUUCUUCAGAAAGAGAAACUAAGUGCAAGUACAGAAACCAACCUCUUAGUCCAUCACCUUGAAAAGCAACUUUCAGAACAUGUGUCUAAAAUUCAGAAGUUGGAAGAACACACCAAAGAGCUGGAGCAAGAUAGGGACAGGCUGAAUUCAUCCUGCCAAGAAAUGACGAACCAAAUUAGGAUAUCAGACCAUGAAAGUGCUAGUUUGCAGGAAAGACUUAACAUGCAGAAGGCAGAGUAUGACCAGCUUAGGAUCUCACUGGAGAUGGUUUCUGGGGAGCUCCUCAAGGCAAAGGAGACUCUGAGAGGAAAGGAAGAAGAAUUAAGGCUCUCCUCAGAGACCCAUAGAAGGAUUGUGGACAAGAAGGACCAGGACAUCAACGAGGCCAUCAUAAAGAUGUCUGCUUUAGGCAGCAGCCUGGAAGAAACCGAGACCAAGCUAAAAGUCAAAGACGAGGCUCUGAGAAGGUUUUCCCAUUUUGACGCUGUUGGACAAGUUAAGGACUUCGAAGAAAUGCAUCUUCAACUUGAGGCUGCAAAAAAACGUAUCACUGAAUUAGAGCAGAGCUUACUGGUUCACAGAGGCAAUGCUGUUUGUGAAAUGUUAGAUAGGAACAGCUUCAUAGAUGAUAUUCAGGAACAGACUGAUGAACAUUCUCCUUUGUAUACUGCAGACACAAGCAUGGUGGAUAUUGUUCAGGACUCUGGGUCAAAGAAACAAAGGAUUCGGUUUUCCAGCAUACAGUGCCAGAAGUACGUCCAUGCUGAUGGAUCUGAAAAGACGUGGGCAAGUUGCUCUUCUUCUGAAACAAGCCAAGACCCACCUAUCAACGAUGAUUGUUUUACUUCAGAAGGCACAGCUUCAUAUCAGCCCUCUGCAAAAGCUGAUGUGGAUGCAUACCUUUCCAUUAUCCACUCCUUGGAAUCCAAACUCUGUGAGACAGAGGAAAAACUAAAAAUUAUAACCCAGAAAGUGCAAAAUGAAAAAAGCUGUAUGCAGGCCCAACACACUCCAAGUGCAGAAGGCCAUUUGGAAGAGCAGUUUCCAAGUAGUAGUACACCGGUCAUCUCCUUGGAAGAGGAACAAAUGGAGCUUCAGCGAACAAGGUGCAGCUUGCAGGGUGUUGCUAAAGAGGUUUUUAGCAGUUUAGAGUCAUGUCGGACAAUGCUCAAAGAUCUUCUUAAUCAUAAAGAUGAUGCAGAGCUAUUUUAUUCCACUUUGUCUGGCAUCGAAGAUGCUUUAACCCGUUCUCUUUGCUCUUUACAACAAACUCCUGUGGACCAAGUGUCUGGAGAAUGCUCUAAUAUGCAAUGUAUGGACACGAAUAUGUCCAAUGAAAGCCAGCAUCCUCCCUGUGAUGGCUCUGCCCAAUUACUUUCAGAAAAAUUAGAUCUUGGGGCUAAAAUGAUGUAUGCAUUAGCAGAGUCUUUAAAAUUAGCAAGCCCAGAGGCAGUGCUGGACAAUAAGCAAAGUGAGGAGGCCUGUAGAAAUGUGUUUUUUAUGCAAAUAUGGACAGAGAGACUUAAGCUAGAAAGUGACUUUCGGAACAGACUUGAGAGGCUUAGAACAGAUAUUGUGAGAAACUCAGGAGAGUUAGAUAAUGAAGCACUACUCAAAGUGGAGCUUAGCUGUGUUGCUGGCAAGAUGGAGUCUUCUCUUCAUCACAUGAAAUAUUUGCAAUUGGAACUUCAGAAAACCCAAGCUGCUCUUGGGGAGAGGUCUAUAACAGAGGGUAGCAUACCUUCUUGCGUUUCUCUAGACCUUGAACAAGCUGAUCAACAUUCUCCAAAACCUCAAGGAUCCAACAAGUCUAACUAUCCUUCCAUCUCUUUUCAGGAAAUACUUUUCCGCCAAUUAAGGGAGUAUGCAGUCCAUUUAAGCUCUCUUUCCUCCUCCUUACAAACUAAAUCAGCAGCUGAUCUGGUAGAGGUUCAGAUGCUCUUGGACAUUCCACAGCCACUUAUUUGCUGUGAUGGAUCAUUUGGGCUUUCCGGCUUUGCCACUGACCUGGUUCAAGAAGUUGUCCUGCAGGCUCAGUUGCUGUAUGUGGCCUUUAAAUCCCAGACUGAAUGUGAGCAGGAGUACCAAAAGAAAAGAGAGGCUUUGAGCUGUACUCACUCAGAGGCUCUGGAUAGGCUUUGUCUGGAGUACCAGUCACUGCUCCAAGACAAGCAGGCUGAGCUUGUUCAGAGAGAGAGGGCAGCAAGCGGAUCUAUUGAGCUUGCAAAUAGACAACUCAAGGAAGCCGAGACUGGAUACAAUGAGGGAAUUUCCAGGUUAGAUCUAAGUUAUAAAAGGGAUAUAGAGAAUGUAACACAGAAAUGGACAGAGAGUGAAAGAGUUCUUCUAGCAGAGAAAGCUGAGGUUAUCAAUAAGCUGGAAGCUUCUGAGAAGGAAAGGCAAAAUCUAGAAAGUCACUACUUGGAAAGGUUAAGAAACCUGGAGGCAAAGUUUCAGGAGCAGGUUGAUCAGCUCCAGGUUCUCCAUAACAAUGAAAUUCAGGCUCUGGAAGACAGAUACUUGCAGAGCAUACGGCAGCUAGAGGAAACUCUCGACAACUACCAGGAGAUGCCUUCACCGCAGGAGGGGAACUCCCUGGCUUGGUCUGAGGAAAGCCAAGGGGACACAGUUAACAUGGAGACCACACAUGUUCUGAGGGAGCGGAUCCUGACGCUGGAGGCUGAGAUGGACCUCAUGAGAGAACAAAUGGACCAGCAACAACUGCAAGCAAACGUAUCCUCUGUGAAAGAGAAAUACCAGGCCGACUUUGAGAAGCUAAAGGCGACGUGCGAGCGAGGCUUUGCCGCUAUGGAAGAGACUCACCAGAAGAAGAUCGAAGAUUUACAUCGGCAGCACCAGCGCGAACUGGAGAAACUGCAGGACGAGAAGGACAGACUGCUGGCUGAGGAGACUGCCGCCACUAUCUCGGCUAUCGAAGCAAUGAAAAAUGCUCACCGAGAGGAACUGGAGAGAGAAUUGGAGAAGUCUCAUCGCUCGCAGUUCAGCAGCAACAAUGCAGACGUGGAGUCUUUGCGGAGGCAGUACUUAGAGGAGUUACAGUCAGUCCAGAGGGAAUUGGAGGUCCUUUCCGAGCAGUACUCACAGAAGUGCUUGGAGAACGCCCAUCUGGCCCAAGCUCUGGAAGCGGAACGUCAGGCCCUGCGUCAGUGUCAGCGAGAGAACCAGGAGCUCAACGCUCAUAACCAGGAACUGAAUAAUCGCCUGGCUUCAGAGAUCACACGACUACGGACGCUGAUAACAGGGGAUGGAGGGGGAGACGUAUCGCCUCUUACCCAAGGGAAGGACGCCUAUGAGCUGGAGGUUCUUCUCCGAGUAAAAGAGUCUGAAAUCCAGUACCAGAAACAGGAGAUCAGUUCCCUGAAAGAUGAGCUGCAGACUGCACUGAGGGAUAAGAAAUACGCCAGUAAUAAAUACAAGGACAUCUACACGGAGCUGAGCAACAUGAAAGCUAAGGCCGAGUGUGACAUCAGCCGACUAAAGGAUCAGCUUCAGGCGGCCACGGAGCUACUGGGUGACAAGUCCCCGGAGAACUCAGCGGUGCCGGGAUACGAUAUUAUGAAAUCCAAAAGCAAUCCUGAUUUCCUGAAGAACGACAGACCCAGCAUCAACAGGCAGUUGCGGAACAUCAGGUCCAAGUCCGUAAUUGAGCAGGUCUCAUGGGAUAACUGAAACGUUCCAGGUACCAGUUCCCUGACAUAGCCUGAAGGAGGGGCUGACCGUCCAGGAGCGUCUCAAAUUAUUCGAAUCCCAGAAAAACUAAGCACCCCCCACUCACAUGUGCACCCCCAGGACUCAGAUCAGAUUAAGGCACAGUUUUGGGCCGUCAUCCGGCAUGGGGACGCCGCAGUGCAGCUUUCUGCAUGUUAGAUGGGUGUCUGAUGUUCCAAAGUUUCCAUCCUGCCUCCAUUACCCCCCCUCCCAAAAUGGCUUUUCCCCUCCCCCUUGGCCCUCCAGAGCAGCUGAGGGACGGCAUUUACUUGCCACCUCAUAAUGUCAGAUUUAAAGGAUAAGUAAACCUUUAAAAUAAGUGAAUGUAAAAUUGAUGAGGGG